AUGGGCUCCAACACCGACUUCUCUCGUCCUAUAGCCUCUCCACGGCAGACUCCCGUGUAUCAGUCAGCACACACGUCCUCUACGGCUGUGAACUCGGACGACUACAUCCCCUCGCCCGCCUGGGCGCCUGGCCAGCAGCGUGCCGGAAACGGCUUCCUGACGGAAUCCCACGACGCCUUUGGCUCCCGAUCCAGCAGCCCGUCACUGCGACACAGCGGUCAGGCCAGCGCUGCUGACCUGGCCUACCUCAAGCGCAACCGCCCGGUGUCGUCCAAUCAGAGCCAUCUCACCCUUGCGGGACUGCUUCCUCAUACGCCGGAGCCGACCCUGGAGAAGGACUGGGUCGUGCCUGGUACUGUGGCCCGUCUGCAUGACCGUGACGAUGCCGAUAUCUGGAAGGGAUGGCGCCGCUUUCUCUACAAGUUCACGCCAAUGAUGACAGUCCUCAACACUGGACUUUACUUGCUCUAUUUGGCUCUGCGCAUCUACUGCGUCGUCUCUGCGCAAAACGCUUUCGGCGCUGUCUUUGUUGCCGCCUGGAUUUUCAUCGCUGUUGAGCUCUCUACCGCCAUUCCAUCUCUGCUGCACAAUGGCUGGACCAUCAUGUCUGUUCGCCGGCGGAACCGCCCCAAGUUGCGGCUUAUGGGCGAUGACGUCCCGACCGUCGAUGUGUUUGUCACGUGCUGCAAGGAAGACGACGAUCUCGUUAUGGAUACCGCUCGUGCUGCAUGUGAUCUGGACUACCCUAAGAACCGCUUCCGGGUUAUUAUUCUCGAUGACGGCAAGGUUGAAAGCUUGGCCAAGGCUGCUGAGGCUCUGUCGGCUACCUACCCGAACCUGUUCUACAUCGCCCGUCCCAAGUUUCCUGGUGUCCCCCAUCAUUUCAAGGCUGGUAACCUCAACUACGGUCUCGAUGCUGUCCACAACUUCCCUGGCGGUGCUGGCGAGUACAUGGCAGCUCUGGACGCCGACAUGAUUCCCGAACGCUCGUGGCUUCGUGCUGUCGUCCCUCAUCUAGUUGCCGAUCCUAAGAUGGCCCUGGCUUGCCCGCCACAGCUGUUCUACAACACCCCUCCGUGCGACCCGUUGGCACAGAGCUUGGACUUCUUCGUGCACGUUAUUGAGCCUAUCAAGGACACUAUGGGCGUUGCUUGGUGUACUGGAUCUGGUUACGUCGCACGCCGCGAGGCACUGGACGAGAUUGGCAACUUCCCUCUUGGCUCGCUGGCUGAGGAUGUCGCUACCCCUACGAAGAGGCUUGGCGCUGGCUGGAAGACUGCCUUUAUUCACGAGCCCCUGCAGUACGGAACUGUCCCUGACGAUUUCGCCAGUCAUCUGAAGCAGCGUACCCGUUGGGCUAUCGGUACCGUGGACACGUCAUUCAAGCUGAAGUUUUUUCUGUGGGGCGACUCCAUCAAGCAGAUGACCUUUGCUCAACGCUUUUCUGGCUUCCUGUACGCGGUCCUUUCGCUUUACACGAUUCUCCUGACGAUUUCACUGUUUGCCAUUCCCAUCAUCCUGAUCUGGGGUAAGCAGCUGGUUGCGUACACCAACGAGAACCAGCUGCGGUGGCUGGUGCGGGCUUGCUUCGCGACGACAAUGUCCAACCGUCUUUGCGAGUUUGUUCUGUUCAUUCCUGCUGGCUACCACACUGGCCAGCGCGGUUCCCGGUACCAGCUGUGGAUGUCGCCCUACAUUGCGCUAUGUCUGAUCCGGUCCUUUAUGCUGCCCAAGUGGCUUGGUGGCGUGACGCAGGCCUUUACCCCUACCGGUUCCAUUGCGUCGGCACUGAACGAACGUGACGCCAAGGCACGCAAGAACAUGUUCCGGCGUGUGUUCGGCGUCGUGUUCAGCUACAUGGCCUGGUUCCACAUGACAUACGUGUAUGUCACGCUCGUGGGCGUGGCCAUGUCGACCUACCGGUGCUUUUACAUGUAUUCGGGUGUCAAGCCUGUGCUUCACGGUCUGGUUACGCAUGCUUUCUGGCCUCCAUUGACUUUCGUCUUUAUCUGCAGCGCCAUGUGGACGCCGAUUGCCUAUGCCAUUGACCCUCCCUCCAUGCCUGAGCGCGAGGAGCUGCUGGACCGGGACCCGAAGACUGGCGUGGCGCACCCGACAAAGGCCCCCAAGAAGAUUGCGUUUGGUGGCCAGUCAGCGUGGUACGAGCUGGAGUACACGUUCACGACGGCCUACACGGUCCUGAUCUUCGUCAUGUCGUUCAUGUCUUACGUGUUUUAA